CAUGGAUCAGGUAAUGCAAUUCGUGGAACCCAGCCGCCAGUUUGUAAAAGAUUCCAUACGGCUUGUUAAAAGGUGCACCAAGCCUGACAGGAAAGAGUUCCAGAAGAUUGCCAUGGCAACAGCAAUAGGCUUUGCGAUAAUGGGAUUUAUUGGUUUCUUUGUCAAAUUGAUCCAUAUCCCAAUCAACAACAUCAUUGUAGGCGGCUGAAUAUUCAUCAUGAAGAACAAGACGUUGUGAUACUUGCUGUAAAGAUUUCACAGCCUUAACUUGUCUGCUAUUAAACAAGCUCAGUUUGGGUUUUCAAACAUUCUUGUCAUCUUAUUCCUCUUUUAAAGUGUAUGCAAUCAUACCUGUCUGCAUUACAGUCGUGUUUUUUUUCAGUA